AUGCUCGACCCAUCUUCGCACCUUGCGUCCGCCUCGCCCGCUUCCCCUUCCUCAGCUCUUGUCCAAGGAACUGAGUCUGCGGGUGUAGCCGCAGCCCACUUUACCGUCGCAAACGAACCUCUUGACAAGCUCGUCGACCCAAAGAGCAGCGCACUCCUUGGCUAUCGCAGCAAGCACUCAAGCUCCUCCUGUAAUGUAAGGACUCCGUCGGGAAUCAAAGAGCUACAGUCCCACGGUCUCCGUACUGGCUCCAUCACGUGUGAGCCGGCCUCGCCGGAUCGGCUGCGCGGCCACAUUUGCUCGCUCCUGCCCUAUCGACGGUCCAUCGAUAAAAAGGCAGACAUCAGCGCCGCCCUCGCCCGUUUCACCGCCAUCUUCCAGUACGAACCUGGACUCAAAGCAGACUACCUACGAUUCAAGCGCGCCGUGUCGUCGCAAGCCGACGAGGCUGGAGAACUCGCACGAUCAUCGCCACAGACCGACGCCAUCGCUUCCGACCCAGCCUCGUCAACGACGGCGCGCGCAGAGCCUUCCGAGGUCAGGACUGGAAAGCGCAAGAGGGACUCGUCGCCCCCGCCCUCACCUCCCACAGCAAACGUAUAUGCGACUUUCUCGUACGAGGUGGAAGGAUCGCAGUGGGUGGUCCACUUCACCCACUCGCCCGCUCGCCCCCUUCCGAGCACCGUCUCUAUGCUCUGCAAGGCCGAGACCAGAGGUGCCGCCUCGACCGACUCAGACCGGCAGCAGAGACGCAUUCACAUGGUGGAGAGCACGCUCGAACCGACAUCGUUCAGCUGCGCCGUCUCUGAUUUCGGCACCUGCGAGUACCACUUCCAGGCUGUCGUGGAGGCGCUACUCACCACCCUCAUGCAUUCGCUGCAUGCUACGAUCUCGGCGGCCUGGGAUGCUACAGCCGUCGGUCUAGUCCAUCCGGGAGGCAAAACUCCGAAACACCGGGACGAGACCCAGGGUCCCACCCAUAUCGGAGCCUUGGCCGACGCCCGUGCCGAUACAUACCUGAUGCCCGUCACCGGCAAGGAUCCGACCGACGAGAUGAAGUGGCAGGACAUCUACGCAAUCCUCGAGUUUAAGAACCGAGGACGCCCAGCCCGUGCAAACACGAUACGGAGGGCGAAGGCGGCCAAGUCGAGUCGAGCUGGACCCCCGACCCAGAUAUCACCUGACAACGAUGACGACGACGACGAAGGCGACGGCGGCGACAACGACGAUGUCGGCGCUCCUGGAGCCGAUCAUGAAGAUGCCAAUGUGGUCGGUGCCACCAGAGGCGUCCCUCGCGUUACGGCCAUCGGCAGGCAGCGUGGACCGCAGCCUGCCCUCCGAUCUGGCCAGAACUCCCGCGCGGCGGCGGCCAGCGAGGACGACGUUUCUCAGAUGCUGUCCUACGUCCUCGCCAUCAUCGGAUCGACGCCGGGAUUCGCCGGCGCUUACGGCUUCGUCAUCGAUCGCUGCCGGUUCAAAGCGUUCUACGUCGAUCCUGACCACGUCCACGCGCUCGCCGACUUCAGCAUCGACCGCGAGCCUGAGGCAAUGUUCGACAUGGCCGGACUGAUGCUCGGCAUGUGCAUCGAAGGCUACUCGGGCUUCCAGCGAUACAGGCGCGCCGUCAACAUCGAGGCCGGUCAGACGCUCUACGUGCAGCUAUCUCCCGAGGAGGCGGCUUCGGAGAAGCGUUGGUACGACUCGAUCAAGAUCCGAGAGCAGCCUGAGCUCAUGUUCUGGCAUCGAGGAGAGCUGGUGCACCGCAACACCCAGGUGCUCAAGGCCGAUGUCAAGAUCAACAACGAGGAAGAAUGGCAGACGGUCAUCAUCAAGGUCAGCUUCCUCGCCGAGGGCGAUCGUUACACGGAAGGUCGGGCGCUCCGACGGCUGAACUCGCCGCCCGAGCCUGCCAGCGAUGCGGCAGAGGAUGUCGCCCGGCACGAGGAUGAGAGGGCCAAGCAGGCCGGCUAUCCGCAGCUCGUGACCCAUGGGGGCCUCUUUUUCUCCGUCAAGGAGGCCGACCUGGGUUCGUGGGCUGUUGUUGUGCCCAAGCGCGAACCCACCACGAACAAGAAACCGAUCUCGGAUCGGUUCGGCGAGGGCUUCUUUUCGGUGGACUUCGACAACGGCCUGUUCGCUCGAGCGACCCGUGCCGGCCGGCAGCCUGUCGUGGUGGUGACCAAGUUCCAGGAGUCGUACGAAAUCUCCCGCACCGUGACCUGGCUGCUUCCGGCCGUCAUUGCCGAUGCCAUCGCGGUAUUGCACGUCGUUGGCCGCCGUCGGGGCGUGGCGCACGGCGAUAUCUCGGAUGGCAACCUCCGGUUUGUCAAGCCUCCGCCGAGCGGAUCCAAGACGCCGCAGCCCAUCAAGCCUACCGAUCCGCCCCUUGCCCUGCUAAUUGACCUGGGCGAGGCUUGGAUCGACGGCGUGCAGGGCGAGGGCAAGCAGGAAGAGCGCAAGUCGUUCUCGGGGACGUCGGCGUUCUGGCCACUCAAGAUGCACUCGAACUACUCAAUCCACGAGCAGAUCUCAAAGCUCAGCAGAUCCUCCAAGUACGCGGGCAGAACCGAGAAGCUCAAGGCGCAGCUGAAGCCCCUCGAUGUCAAUGAUGACAUUGAGUCGUGCUUCCUCUUGCUCUGCUACGAGCUGACGAAGAGGCUUGGGCUGGCGCGCUGCGACGAAGGCGGCAAGCUUUGGACGAGCGAGACGGAGCGAUGGGCGAGCAUGAGGUUGCAAGACCGCGGUCGAGAGUUUGGCAGCUCGGAUCGCCGGUUCGCAUACCUGGCCGACGUGUUCUCCGACAAGCGCGGGCUGUCGCAAGGUAUCCGGGCGGCCGAGCAGCAAGCGCCCGACGACGAUGCCGGCAAGGUACUCGACCUCGUGGCCGAAGCGGUGAUGGAAUGCCACGAACUGUGCGGCGAGGGAGGCAAGGCCAUCGAGCGCGAGGCUGAGAGGAUCAUGGCGCGGCUGCGACUGCUGGCAGCGCAGCUGCAAGAGUACCGCGACGUCGACUUGGCCGCAGCCUUUGGACCGCCCAGGACCUGA